UCCGCAUCAUGAGUUCUAGCGAAAUCCAUGAUUUUAUGUUAUUGCGGGUGAAAUGUUUUUUCUACGAGGAACGACCUACCUUACAUUUUUAAUAUUAUAUAGAAUCCGACUUCUCACAGCGCUUACGAGCAUUCGACACCCUUUUUAAGACAUUUUUAGUUUUCUACAUAGUUUAUACAUAUUUUUGUAAAUAGAACGUACCGCGAUUAAAUUUAGUAUUGUUAUACAUAAAUCAGUGCGUUUUAUUGAGCACCAAGCUCCAGUGUCUCGAUAAUAGACAUAAUUUGGUGACCCCGACGUGAUCGGUCUCGUGAGAACAUUUCCGAAGUACCAAGGCCACGUAGGAGUAUCGGUCAGCACAGCGCCGCAGCCAUCAGCCGGUCAGCACCGCGCCGUAUCCAGUCUUCGGAAGCUACGCUCAUACUACAUUGUUGCUGGAGAAGUCCAUUGCAAGAUCACAAGGAGUACUUAGCACCGCCGGCUAUUGACGAAGUGCAGCGUCACGCCGCAGCGCAGCAGGCCUUCUCUGCAGCUAAGUGCCCAUCCUUAAUUCCUAUAUCUCCCUAUAAAUACACAACCUUUUCAUUUCGCCUUCAUAACGGUUUCCACGCGUGCAAGUUCAUAGGUUCAAAGUUCACGUAUUGCAUUGCGUCAUAUUUUUCGUUAUCGUUACAAUUUCAUAACUAGUUAAUAAUAUUGACUUUUUCCAAACAAUUAUAUAUUGUUUACUCCUAACUUAACUUGGUUUCGUCAACAUUUAUUUUGAUUUCGUAGAUAUUUUUAGAUUUCAAGUGUAGUUUCUUUGUUUCAAUUUUCUCAACAUACCUCACAUACUUAAAAAUUAUUAUAAUUAGAUUAUUUUCUCCUAAGAAUUAAAUUCCAAAGGCUGCCGCGCCUAUUUAAUUCGUUUUAGUGAUUAUUCCGCCGAAUAUUUCAGGCUUGCCCGAGGCUCCCGUACGUCGUUGGCGCCGUCGCCCUGCGCAGCGCGUGCGCCGGCUGCGGCUGGCUACCAGCGGACCGGUGCCUGCGCCUUCGGCCUCCCGUGCGGCAGAGACCACCAAGCAGGGGCGUGAGCUUAUUUUUCAUUAAUUUUGUUGUUUUAAUUCGCGGAUUCUUCGUUCAUUAAUUUUAACCUUUUGUUACUUUGACCUUUGUUUAUAUAAAACAAAAUAAUGGGUUUAGGCGAUGAUACUAAAAACUUAGCGGAAUUGAAUACUAGACGCAGUUCCGUUAAAGGUCAAGUAACAAAGUUUAGAAAUUAUUUAGAGAAAAUAUCGCGGUUUGACACAUUUACUACAACUCAUAGGGCGGAACUUACACUUAAACUUAGUAAAUUCGAAAACUUAUCUUUAAAAUUCGAUGAACUGCAGAGCCAAAUUGAAAUUUUGAAUUCAAGCGGUUUAAAGGAUGAGCUUCAGGAACGAGAAAAUAUUGAAGGGGAAUUUAUAAGUAAUAUUGUAAUGGCUCAAGAGUUGUUACAGAUGCAUAGUAGGGAUGAAGGCGUCCAUGAUUCUAGUAGCACCCACAACAUAACUCAUUGCGCUAUCGAGCACAACGAACUAGGCUUCAAGCUUCCUUUGAUACAGGUAUCCAAAUUCGAUGGAUCUUAUUUGAAAUGGAUGGAAUUUCGUGACACUUUCCGAUCUUUAGUUCAUGAAAAUAGUAGAAUAAGUUCAGUGAAUAAAUUUCACUAUUUGAUUUCUUAUUUAGAAGGUGAAGCCGCAAGAACCAUAUCAAAUCUUGAAGUAUCUGAUAAUAAUUAUCGGGAAGCUUGGAACCUAUUGUUGGAACGUUACGAUAAUAAACGCUUAUUGAUCACUCAUCAUCUCAAUGAGUUGUUUAACAUUAAUUCUAUAAAUAAGGAAUCAGAAAGAUCAUUGCGUUUCUUGGUCGACCACGUGACUAAAAACUUGCGGGCUCUUUCCAAUUUAGGACAAGCCACGGAACACUGGGAUGUCCUAAUUAUUCAUCUAGUUGCUUCUAAGGUAGAUCAGAAUACUUUUACAAAAUGGGAGGAAUACCGUAACGCGUUGUCGACAGAUACACCUACACUUAAGGUUUUUUAUAAAUUUUUAAAUGACCGUGCGAAUGUACUUGAGUCUUUACAACGCAGCAAAUUAGAUAAUGCGAAACCUAAUCACGAUAAACUCCGCCCAGAAAGCCGUUUGAACAGGUCCGACCACAAACGUCAUAAUAAGGCUUACGCUUAUGUAAGUAGUAGUGUACCAUCGCUAAAUCAAUCCUCGUCACAUCCUUGUCCAUGCUGUCAUGCUGAUCAUAAAAUAUUUGACUGUCCGGUGUUCAAGGCAAAGAGCAUAAGUGACCGUAUUAGCGAAGCAACUAAAUUAAAAUUAUGCCUUAACUGUUUAAGGUCGGGUCAUCCUGCAUUUAGGUGUCGCUUGGGUCGUAGUCGCGAGUGUAACAAGAGACACAAUUCUUUACUGCAUCUUCCUACAGAUAAUGCACCUAGUACUAGUACCAAUAAUCAUUCUGAAACAUUAAUGAACUGCAGUAAUCAAGCUAGCAAAUGCGCCCUUCUUUGCACUGCAUUGGUUCAAAUUGUCAACCCAAAGACUGGUGAAUCCGAAACAGUGCGUGCCCUACUUGAUUGCGGCAGUCAGUCAUCUUUCAUAAGUGUAGGCCUGAAACAAAGGCUAUCGUUAGAGGACUGUUCUAUCAACGCUACAAAGGUCAUAGGUUUUGGCAACAAUGAUGCAGGUACAAUAACUGAAUAUUGCGUUGCCCAAUUAAAAUCUCUGAACUCAUCUCUAAGCAUUAUUUCUAAUUAUUUUGUUAUGAAGGAACUAACAGCGUCUAUUCCCAAUUCGGUAAUUGAUAUACGCUCCUUUAAUAUACCUAAGAAUGUCAUUUUAGCUGAUCCCAAAUUCUAUCAACCUUGUUUCAUAGACAUUCUCAUAGGCUCAGAUUUAUUUUGGGAUAUUAUAGGUUGUGAGCAGAUGUCAUUAGGACCUAAUCAUCCUAAGUUACACAGUUCUAAGUUAGGCUGGCUAAUUGGUGGUCCCCUACAACCUAAUCAACCCAGCAACAAUAUUAAAUGUAAUCAUACACUUACUCAUCUUUCUAGUCGGGUAGAUUUAGAAGCCGAUUUGAAUAAAUUUUGGGAACUUGAGGAAAUCCCGUCAAGGCCAUAUUUAAGUGAAAGCGAGCAGGUAUGUGAAUCCCAUUUUUUGCAGCACACCUCUCGUUUAGAAAACGGCAGAUUCUCUGUCAAGUUACCCUUAAUAGACUCACCGGAUUGUCUCGGUGACUCCUACACUAUGGCCAAGAAGAGGUUCUACAAUUUAGAACGUAGAUUUAGGAAACAGCCAGACGUUAAGUCACAAUAUGUUCAAUUUCUUAGAGAAUACGAAGAGUUAGGACAUCUCUCUGAAAUUACAAUAAACAAUUUUAAUUUUAAUCAAUGUAAUUUUUUGCCUCAUCAUCCAGUUUUUAAGGAAAACAGUGAAUCAACCAAGAUACGCGUCGUGUUUGAUGCAUCGGCUCGCACGUCCUCUGGCUUUUCUGUCAACGAUAUUCAAAUGACUGGGCCUCAGAUUCAAGACUCUAUUUUCUCCAUACUAAUUCGUGCUCGUUUCUAUAAGUAUAUUUUAGCAGCAGAUGUAGAGAAACUUUUUAGGCAAAUAUUAUUGGACGAGACGGAUCGAAAUCUUCAGUUUAUCUUAUGGAGAGAAGAAGAGAGUAAGCCCCUCAGAACCUUGCGACUGAAUACUGUGACUUAUGGGUUCACAAGCGCAAGUUAUUUAAGUACGAGGUGUCUGUGGCAGUUAGGCGAGGAAUGUAGUGAUCCAUUCAUUAAGACUAUUAUACAACAUGAUCUAUAUGUCGACGAUUUAAUUACUGGCUGUAACUCCGAGGAGGAAUUAAAACAUAUUCAGAAAUCUGUAUCGCAAGCCCUUAAGGCUGGUUGUUUUAACCUUCGAAAGUAUAAAUCGAACUCUUCUUGUGUUCUUGAAGCUUGCUCAAAGGGCUCUUCAGACACGCUUAUCAUUAGUGAGUCUUCUAAUGCUCUCGGUUUAGGAUGGAAUUCUAAUACGGAUCAGCUUCAUUAUUCAUUCGAAAUUCCUCCUAUUGGCGUUGCCUUUACCAAACGUUAUAUUUUAUCCACUUCCUUUAAAAUCUUUGACCCACUUGGUUUUGUGAGCCCCUGUAUUAUCAUUCCAAAAUUAAUAAUGCAGCAGCUUUGGCUCGAGAAGGUGGGCUGGGACGAACCUGUUUCCGUAGAAAUAGAAGAAGCUUGGCGUAAGUUUGCUCAAAAUUUAUCUUGUCUUGCGUUGUUUACAGUGCCCAGACGGGUUCUAUGUGACUCACCAGUAGUUACAGAGCUACACAUAUUCAGUGAUGCCUCCCAAAGAGCCUACGGCGCUUGUAUCUACGUGAGGUCUAUCGAUGAGGCAGGUACUGUGCAUGUUAACCUCUUGUGUUCCAAAUCGAAGGUGGCACCGAUCAAGCCUUGUACGAUACCUCGGUUAGAACUGUGUGCUGCUCUGCUAGCUGUUCGACUCUGCAAGGCCGUCGUAGAUUCUUUGAGGUUUCCAAUUGCACGUAAACUGUUUUGGUGUGACUCCACCGUAGUCCUCGCAUGGCUGCAUACAAGUUUCAGGAGUUUAAAGACUUUCGUAGCAAAUAGAACAGCAGAGAUCCUAGAAUCAUCAGACGUGUCUAGUUGGCGUUAUGUUCCUACGUCUGAGAAUCCUGCUGAUCUUGUAUCACGCGGCGUUUAUCCCGAAGAGCUCAAGGAUCGUAGUCUUUGGUGGUCCGGGCCUGAAUUUUUACUUCAAGAUGAACUUUUUUGGCCUACGUUACCUAACAAACUCCAUGACGAGUCAGAAAUUCCGGAAAUAAAAACCGUAAUGGUAACCAAGUUGGACAACCCAUCAAUAAUUCCGUUUCUAAAAUAUAGUAAAUUACAUAACUUAAAACGCGAUUAUGCGUAUGCAUUAAGGUAUUUUUAUAACCUACGUAACCCUAAGGCUAGGCGUUUUGAUUCCCUAGAUUUGCAAGAGUUACAAAACUCAUUUCACCUGUUGUGUCGUAAGGCUCAACAGGAAUCUUUUCCUAUAGAGUAUGAUUUAUUGCACAAAAAUAAGGUCAUUAGCUCAAAAUCACCCAUUUUAUCACUUACACCUUUCAUGGACACAGAUGGGUUGAUUCGCGUUGGUGGUCGACUAGAUGCCUCGACUCUCCCAUUUGCUAGUAAACAUCCCAUUUUACUACAUUCCUCUCAUCACCUUACAAAAUUAAUCUUUGAGCGGGAACACAUACACAAAUUGCACGCUGGCCCACAGCUUCUACUAGCUAGCGUCAGGCAAUACGUUUGGCCUAUUAAUGGUCGACACCUCGCUAGGAGUACGGUGCACAACUGCAUCACUUGUAGAAGGAUUCAGGGCAAGUCUUUAUCACCCAUGAUGGGGAACUUGCCAUCACAGCGCGUUACGGUAGAUUUCCCGUUUCGUAGUGUUGGUGUAGAUUUUGCUGGACCCUUUUAUGUUACAAGCAGAAAGGGACGUGGAGCUAAGGUCACAAAAUGCUACUUAUGCAUUUUUGUUUGCCUGAGAUACAAAUGUGUACACUUGGAAGCGGUCAGUGAUCUUUCCAAGGAUGCUUUCAUUCUUACUUUGCGUAGAUUUAUAUCUCGACGGGGCAAACCUAUUGAAAUUUUUAGUGACAACGGCCGCAAUUUUGUAGCUACUGCCAAAGAAAUUAGUAACUUUUUAAAAUGUAAUCGCAAGGUUAUUACUGAGUUAAUGAACGAAGAGGAAAUUAAAUUUAUAUUUACACCUGCUUACGCUCCCCACUUUGGUGGUAUCUGGGAGGCCGGAGUUAAAUCGGCUAAAUUUCAUAUAAGGCGUGUGAUGGGCAACACACACUUAACUUUUGAGGAAAUAUCCACGUUAUUCGCACAAGUGGAAGCCAUAUUGAAUAGCCGCCCUUUUUAUCUUAUGUCCUCGUCUCCAAAUGACCUCCUUUUCCUCACCCCAGGGCACUUCCUGCUUGGACGGCCGUUGACUGCGCUGCCUUCACCGAGCCUGGAACACUGCAGCUCCAACCAAUUGAAACGCUACCAGCGACUGGAGCAAAUCCGGCAGCAUUUUUGGAGGAGGUGGCAGAACGAGUACUUGGCUGAGCUACAGCAGAGGUCAAAAUGGCGCACCAGCGACACUCCACUGAAGGUCGGCGACGUAGUACUGCUACAGGAGGAGAACCUUCCCCCAUUAUGUUGGCGUAUGGGCCGAAUCAGCAAGCUCUUUCCUGGUCCUGAUGGAGUAUGUCGUGUAGCGGAUGUCCAAACCACACAAGGAUGCUACCGAAGGCCCUUCAGGCGACUCUGCCCCCUGCCAGCGACUGAGCACCUAAUAGAGAGUUAAAAGUCCGGAGACUUUUAACGGCGGGGAAGAUGUUAGCGCCUGAUGAAUUUAUGUCCGCAUCAUGAGUUCUAGCGAAAUCCAUGAUUUUAUGUUAUUGCGGGUGAAGUGUUUUUUCUGCGAGGAACGACCUACCUUACAUUUUUAAUAUUAUAUAGAAUCCGACUUCUCACAGCGAUUACGAGCAUUCGACACCCUUUUUUAGACAUUUUUAGUUUUCUACAUAGUUUAUACAUAUUUUUGUAAAUAGAACGUACCGUGAUUAAAUUUAGUAUUGUUAUACGUAAAUCAGUGCGUUUUAUUGAGCAUCAAGCUCCAGUGUCUCGAUAA